AAGCUCCUCAGCUGGUUCGAUAUUCUGCCUUAUUUUUCAGAGUGAAGCCCAAAUCCAACAUGGUGAACACCAAUCACACUGUCUUCCACCCUGCCGUGUUUGUCUUGCUUGGCAUCCCAGGCCUGGAGAGAUACCACAUCUGGCUUUCCAUUCCCUUAUGCUUUACAUAUGCAACUGCGGUGCUGGGGAACAGUGUUCUGAUCCUGGUCAUUGUCACUGAGCAUAGCCUCCAUGAGCCCAUGUACAUGUUUCUGUCCAUGCUGGCUGGCACUGACAUCCUACUUUCCACUACCACUGUGCCCAAAGCCUUGGCCAUCUUCUGGUUCCAUGCACGGGACAUCACCUUUGAUGCUUGCGUGACUCAAGUCUUCUUUGUCCAUGUGAUGUUUGUAGGGGAAUCAGCCAUCUUGCUGGCUAUGGCAUGUGAUCGCUAUGUGGCUAUUUGUGACCCACUGAGAUAUUCAAUGAUUCUGACAUCACCUGUUGUGAGGAGGAUGGCUUUAGCCAUUGUUGUCAGGAGCUUCUGCAUCAUCUUCCCUAUCAUCUUCCUGCUAAAGAGACUUCCCUUCUGCAGGACCAAUGUGAUUCCCCAUUCAUACUGUGAGCACAUUGGGGUGGCCCGACUGGCCUGUGCUGACAUUACUAUCAAUAUAUGGUAUGGCUUCUCUGUCCCCAUUGUUACGGUGAUCACCGAUGUGGUGCUCAUUGUAGUGUCCUAUACCCUGAUCCUCCGGGCCAUCUUUCAGAUGCCCUCUCAGGAUGCUAGACACAAGGCACUCAGCACCUGUGGCUCCCACCUUUGUGUCAUCCUCAUGUUUUAUGUCCCAUCCUUCUUCACUUUAAUGACUCAUCGUUUUGGGCGCAACAUUCCACGCCAUGUUCACAUUCUAUUGGCAAACCUCUAUGUGGUGGUGCCUCCCAUGCUCAACCCCAUUGUUUAUGGGGUAAAGACGAAGCAGAUCAGAGAGGCUGUGGCUCACUUUUUCAUGGAGAUCAAGAAGUGGUUUUCCUCAUCCUCAUUGGGCUGA